AUGGAAUCGAAAACAUUGCUUCUGUUGAUUCUUGGUAUUACUGCCCUGAUCGCUGCCAUUUUGGGUAUAGUGCCUCUGGCACUAACGGGUGUUGGAAAUGCGGGAUACACCAGUCAAUUUCAAUGCUACGUGGCUAUGGACAUCAUCGGUAUUAUUGUGCUGAUCGCUGGCGCCAUUUUGGCAUUCAUUCUCGCCUGCAAAGACAUCUAUCAUUCCUAUCCGAUUAUAAUUGCUCUUGCUGUGAUCAUACCACUGGGACUUUUGGCCUAUAUUAUAGCAAAUGCUUGCUACUGGCCGAAAGUUACUCCUUCACCCGGAUCCUGGUUGCUGUCUGCUAUGUGGGCCGCGGUACCACCAGCUUUAACUGCCCUUAUUUAUGUCUGCGUUCGACCCGAUCGAGUUCUAUAA